CAUCAACAGUUCGACUUAAGCGUGUGCGCGCGAGGCGUCCGCUGGAAUUACCGUUAGUUGUAGCGUGCAAAUAUUACCAAAACACUCCGCUUCCUUAGUGAAUGACUUAACUGGCUCUCAUUACCAAUAAGACAUAUUUAAAUGUCUUAGCGUCUUGUUGGAGUUGGAUAAGAGAUGACGGGUUCUUAGCGACGCAUAAGGUGGCCUGAAUCUCAACCCCCUAAGAGGAAUAACAACUGAAGACAGACAACAUCCGAAGUUGGCAUGUAGUGCGCUUCGUCACGCAUUUGUUCCAAAGAGAUUUAACUUAUGUUCUGGAUUAUUGCUCAAAUUACUCCCUCAUGACUAUAUCUUAAAUACGAGAUCCAGCUGGUUCAGUUAAAGUGUUUUGAAGACCGUUUGUCAUGAUGAAUUCCAGGCGCACGUUGUUUUCUACGGUCUAUGUUUGGGAGUCGAUGGUGCUGUCCAGCGUCCUGCUUCUGCACAUCAUUCCUUUGUGUGCUAAUGGGAGUUCAUUUUUCUCCAAUUCUACUGGCACUAACUCCUCAGACUUGAAUGGGGUUGGGCUUAAGCCUGCACUUCCUGGUGAGGACACACCUAUUGCCCAGGCCCACAUUCACUCUCGGAAACCACGAGCUGGGGAGGAGUCCAGCAGCGGUGGAGAAACCUCAACUAGUGCUGCGAAGGACAUCAGUGUUGAUUCAGUCGAAAGGGAACACCUCAUUGACCUGCUGAUAGAUGACAUAGCAACCCGGUUGCCCACUCUGACUAAACCACGGGCAGGUGCCUUGUCCCGGCUUGACUUUAGCGAAGAGGGAAUCGAGUACAAUGCCCCUCACUGGAAGAGUGAGAGACUACAAGCAGAUGGGACGUUGUUUGAUGAAGUCACGAUUCCUCCUCCUGAGUUUACCCAUUCCCAAUUAGAAGAAAUUAUCACAGUGAAUGUUUACAACCUUUCUCACCAACAGCACAUUGUCCAUGAUCCUCCUUCUUGGGCUCAGGAGCUCCAGGGUGGAGAUCCAACCUCCUGGACACUUUCUGAUUUUUAUGAUUAUCUAUCACCUGACUAUUCACCCACCGAAGUUUACCAAGAGGAGAGCCAACCAACGCCACCUGACAUGGAUGAUGAAAACGUUCCUUUUCUUGCCACUGUGGUUCCCUCCAACACGAAAGUUUUGAACCCUGAUGAUGGUGGAUCUGGAGAAACUUCACCUGGAGUAUCGGACAUGCUUGACAACUCUGGUUGUCUUCUUGGAUUUGUGCGUAUAAACAGCACAUGUGUCUCACCGUGCAACAUCUUCACCAGUUACUGCUUCAAUGGGGGGCAGUGUUAUGUGGUUGACGGUGUUGGCGCCUUUUGCCGGUGUAACAUUCAGGAGUAUAUAUGGAACAAGGGCUCCAGGUGUGAGUCUGUUAUUUCAGACUUCCAAGUGAUGUGUAUAGCAGUGGGCGGGGCCGCCAUCAUGUUGCUCCUCCUCUUCAUGAUUAUAGUCUUUUUCUCCAAGAGGCUGCACAUGCUUAAGACUGAAAACCGACGACUUCGCAGCCACAGUAAAUGCCGCCCAAAUUCGGAGCAGCACAUCGAUAACUUCUCGCUGUCCACCGUCGCAGAGGGCUCUCAAGCAAAUGUAAGGAAACUGUGUGACACCCCGACUAAUCUCCCCCAUGUCCGUGCUUUGGCUUACUAUGAUAACGUUAUGUGUCAGAAAACCAUGAGCAGAUACACGUGGGAAUAUAAACCCAAAGAGGAUCCCUGCAGUGAGGAUGACACUUGCAAAGAAGAGCCAUGCAAAUGUCCCCCUAAAGAGGACGAGUCUUUGAACAACCAGAACUCACUCACGCCAAAACUCGAAAACGACAAGGCCGCCACAGAAGACAAUGCAGAGGAGGGUGGAGUGACCAUCGACUUAGAGUUGCUCCUCCCCAAAGAGGUGAAAAUGCUCCCUGAAACAACCCCCCCGCUUCACUACAACGUCUUCCUCUACAAGCUCCCUAAAUCCCCUAAAAAGUCCCCCGGCAGAUCCGCACAGGGGAGGCCUCUGUCCCAGCUCUGCUCCAGACGCAGCUCCGAACCCGGCUACAGCCCCAUUAGUACGCGCUCCUUACCUGGAGUGCUCUCCGGGUCAUCCAGCCCCCACCUGGGUACGGCCUACACACCUUAGUACGAGUGGAAGCCUUCAACACUGUCUGAUGUAUGACGACUUGAACAAAAGAAAUGUCUUGACCGUUACAAAUUAUGAGACAUUGAUUGUUAACAAGUGAGUGUUUUGAAUGAUCAAGGCAUUGAUUCAUUUGGACGUGAAACAAUAUAUGAAUAUGAAUAUGUGUUGUGCAACAGGAAUAAAAAGGGAAAUAAGAAGUUGAAAAACUGUUAAUUUGGUAUUACAAAUACAAAAUAGGUUUUCAGAUGUGUUAAUGGUGCCAUGUUUUAUGUUGUAUUUUGUCAAACAGCACAUUUAUAUUCACACACAUGCAUACACGUGUAACCUGUAAACAAUCAGGGUAUACAAAUUAAUAACUAUUAUUAUUAACAAGGUGCUUUUUGUGUUUUUAAUGUUAGAUUAAUACUUUCACUGAGAAUAAAGAAUUUUAGAAUUGUUUAAUUUGA